GUGUCCAAUACGAGUAGUGGUCUUUAAAACGCCUAUUCGUAAUGUUGUAUCAAAAAAUAUAUUAAGCAGUUUUUUUAAAUAGUUACAUUCAAAUAGUGAUUUUUUUGUAAUAUGGAUUUAACAGCGGAGCAAUAUUUGGAAGGUCUCAUGAAGGAUGAAGCAUACGACUGUCCAUCUGAUUCAGUCAACCCUGAGGACCUGGAGAUGAAGCUGCCACCAUGGUUCGAUGAGACGCUGUAUAACAAAGGUCGACGUUUCUUCUGGCGGUUUUGCUUUGGGUUCGGGUCUGUGAUGAUGCCGGGUCUAGUGGCGAUAUUCGCCGUGCCCACCAUCCUGCAGGUGCUGGUCGGCUCAAGACGAUCCUCAUCAAAAUACACCGCGUUCAAGCGAUAUAUUGCUACCUUUUUACAUGUCAAAGCUUGGUUGAGUCAUGAUUUGAAGCCUGGCAGCCUAUCAUGGCGAUCAUUAUAUGCCGUGCGAUCUCGACAUUUGAAAAAUGGCCGCGCGGCUCGAUUGAAGAACAAAGGAACAGUCUCUCAACGUGAUUUGGCUCUGACUAUGUUCGGAACCAUAGGUCUUGGUAUCCUUAAGCCAGAUCGCUUCAGCAUAAAACAAGAAGAGCCCGAAGAUUGGGAGGCAUUUAAUCACUUCUGGAAAGUUAUUGGCUGUAUGUUAGGAAUGGAAGAUAGAUACAACAUGUGUCGGAGGACAAUGGAAGAAACCCGUCAGGUGUGUCAGCUUAUACUGGACCGCGUGUAUACGCCGUGUUUGGAGAACGUGCCGGAGUACUUUGAGCAUAUGGCGCGUGUCAUGAUGGACGGCAUGUGGGCUGUGAACGGCGCUACGGAGGCCGGUAGCCUUAUGUACGUUACUAAGAACCUUGCAAAUGUGCCUGGGUACAUUCUCAGCGAGUCCGAGAGGAUCACGCUGCAGGCAGCGAUUAAAGAAAAGUUGGCUGGAAAGCACGAGGAUAUUGGAGUGGACGCAUCAACACUAAUCGCAAAAUCCAGUCUACAGUGUGUUACAAAACGUGAACAACGUCUGCUCUACCUUAGAGAUUACGACUGUUUGGACACAGCACCUGAGUAUAAGAAGCUUUCUUACGCAUCCAAAUAUAAAAUCACACUUUCGUCUAUGAUGACGGCUUUCUACAAGACGUACUUAGGCAGAGUUCUUCUUAACUGGUAUUAUGUAGUAGCCCUAUACAUGUCUGAAUAUUUUCCGUACGUCGCAUUCUUUCUCUACGGAAUCAAGAAUUCUUAUGUGGACAUAUUCAAAGACAGCCCACUAGGAGACAGUCCACCUAAAACUAACGCGGAGUACUACAAGCCGCAACCACCAGAACCUUGGUACAGAGCUAUUUUAGCUUUCUGGUAAGAAAAAAUAACAAUCACUGAUAAAAUACUCUAUUUUUGUUUAAUAAUCUUAUGCAAUUGAUGUUAAGUUACGUAUGAUUUUAAAAUGUAUAAGUAAUCUGUUUAUUUUCUAAUGUUAAAUUGAUUAAGCAA